AUGGACGGGUCAGAGGUUAUGCAUCGUUUGUGGAAUCAGGAUCUUGCUGCUGUCCUGAACUUCCGACAUAUACUUAACAAUUUGAGAUAUGAUGGGAUUAUACCUGUAAGGUUCACCCGCGUUAUUCGGAUUGGACGUAUCAGAAGACAAGCAGAAGAAGAUCUCCAGGAGGGUCGUCGACCCACCCAAGCUACCGCUGAGAAGAAGAAAAACAAGGUUCGUACAUGCUACAAGCUGUACAUGAUCAGGGACGUGCCCUUUGGUGUAACAACUGCUCUUGUGUCUAUUCAAUCCACAAUUACUACUGAAGUAUAG